AUGAACACGUCAAACUGUGAAAUAAUGUUGAUCAAUAGUACAUCAGCUUGUACGGCUGCUAUAAAUAUAAAUUUUUUUAAACAUACAAUUAAUAUUACGUUUGCUGGAAACCAAGAAUCUGUCCUGACAUAUUGGCCAUUUUCAUUGAGUAUGACAACAACAUUUCAUUUUGAAACGAAGAUAAGGAGUAACAUGUAUAUAGAAUAUUUAUGUUUGACAGAAGAUAAAUGUGAAUUAACUUAUACAAUGAAUAUUUUAUCAAAAUUAAUUCAAAACUUUAAUUUUGCACAAUUAUUUGAUAAUUUUUCAAUGGUGUUAUAUGACAACAAUCGUAAUCGUACUUCUGUAUGUAGAACUAAAAGUGACAAUAUAGAAAUGUGUAUUAGACGAUGUAAACUCUCGCGUACCAGGAGUAAUUUAGAACAAAUUUGUGACGAGAACGAAUUUAAUAAUAACUCUUUAAAAGUCUAUUUUGGUCGAGCAUUGUCGAAUAAUAAUAAUCGAAUUAACACUGAUAGUGUUACGUACCAAUGUAAUCGAAAUUUUUGUAAUGGAAAUGACGCAAUGAAAUAUGUUGACAAAGUGAUUGACGUCGAAAUGCAACAAUUUGCAAUACAAUUAAAUGAAGCAAGCUUAACAAAUAUCAAUUCGCUUAUCAUUUUAUGCAUAAUCGCAACUCGUGUAUUAUUAUAG